UAAGCAACUCAGAUCUGACAGCAGUACCAAAACGUUCCAGGAGACCAUUUCAGGUAGAAAUGACCUGAAUCAACAUCCUAAAUGAGCUGGAUGUUUAGCCAGUAGGGGGAAGGGAGAAGUGGGUGAAAGAAACUUCUCUUCUUCCUAACUUCCUUCUCAUGCACUAACUCCCCCCCACACUUGAGUGUGGAGGGGACCUUCAGAGAGACUGAACAUAAGAGUAAGCACCAGCCCUCUGCCAAACUUUUUUUCAGCCAUGUGGAAGAAAGGUAUUUUGGAGAGAGGAGAAAAAAGAAAUACUCAUGGCAUACCAAACUGGCAUUGAAGGAAAGGAAGGUCUGGGGAAAAAAGGGAGUGGGGGUGCACAGAGAGCACCUUGACAUGGUGAGAAAAAAAACAGGGGACUUGGGAGCUGGGUUCAGUUGUGUAGCCCAAAGGUGCUGCGACCUGAGGUUUCACAUGAUGGAGCAGCCAUUAUGCUGUAGAUAUGCAUCCUACCUUCUUUUACAGUAGUUUACUUAUGUAGGUAAACUGAUGGUCUUGAGCCUUGUCAAGGUCAAAUUCUGAGCCCUCCUGUCUCCAAACGCAUGCUCCCCAUGGCAGCCUUCUAAUGGGGUCUGUGACAGCAAAGGGCAUCUCUGGUCUAAGAUUAAGUAACAUGAAGCACAGUAUGACUCUUCAGUCAACUUACCUUGUACAAGCGGGAUAUCAAAUGUGUGCACUCCAGUAACUGAUGCUUGUGACACAGAGAGGAUUUUGCUUGCUUGUCCUGUUGUGGGGUGGUGGAUGCUGGGAAUACAAACUGUAUUUGUUUUAGUAUUUCUUGGUUGUUUUAUCAGGGAACACUCUCUUGCCCCAGGGUCACUUGCCUGCUCAUGCUUGCUGAGGGCUGAUGUAGUGAGGUAGCCAAACUGGAAAAUCUUGUAUUGCACAUCUAGAGAAUGGGAGCCUGUUUCCAGAGUCAAGACUUUUGUCCCAUCCCUUUCCUUUGCAGAGAGUACACUCACAGAUGGAUUUCCCCUUGUUUGUCAUAGUUGCGAUAUCCCUUGCCUGUUUAACUAUGCUAACCUCGCUGUCAAUGCGUCAAACCUCCUUGCUAAACAGAUACUGAGAUAACCGUGACCAUAACAAGAAGUGAGAUUUUCUCAGGACUUGCCUUAAAGUCAGUUUCUCACAGUGACAUGGACACUGUGAAUGACCAUGUUCCUGGGCAGGAUUAUCAGGUUAUUGAAUUACAAGAAGCAAGAGAAGAACUGAAUGAAGAUGAUGAUGAGGCAAAAAGUAAGGACCCACUUAAACCUGAAGAAUCUACAAAAAGUAAGGAAAGCAUCUGGAGACCAUGUAGACAAGAAGUUUUCUGGAAAUGUAAGCUGUGGAUGCUUAUACUGGCAGUUUUUCUAGUGAUCAUCCUAUUGAUUACCUUCAGCUUAAUUCUUUAUUCAGAGGUUUACACAGAUGAAGAUGAAUAUUGGGAUCCUGACUUGGUGUCUCAUGGAAAUCACCAUAAUUUUUCAGGAACAUUAAAAGUACGGUGUUCUGCUGGAACUGCUUACUCAGAAGAUCUUACAAAGAAGUUAACAGAUGUCUACAAUUCCUCUCCAGCCCUGGGGCGCUAUUUUGUCUCUGCUCAUGUAGUUUCCUUCAGUGAUGAAAACGCCACUGCAUUCUAUCAGUUGCUAUUCUCCUUACCGCCAGUGACUGAGGAGUUCAUGAAGUACACAAUGAGUAAAGAGUUUGUGAUGAAUGUCUUGCGUCAAAAUAUUCUUGAUGAAGAAGACAGUUAUGAUAAGGGAGCAUCUGACUGUACAAAGAUAAGGCUUGAUCCAGAUUCUCUCACGCUAACUUAGAAUCCAUGGAGCAGCUCCUAGCCUCCUGCAACCGCUUGAGGAGAUGAGCUUGCCAUAUCUAUUAAUGUCCUGAUGGAUAUUUUGUUGUGCUGAAACAUUUCUGAAAAAGUGGUGAUGUGCAAAUACUAUACAUGAUGCCGGACUGUGCGUAGGAAUGUAGCAUAUUUAUAGCAAUUUCUUACUCCUGGGAUAUGGCAGUUUCCUAUUUUUUUAUUACUGUCCUGAUGUUCACGUCGCACAUCUCUCAAUCCAUUUGAAGCUCAUUGCAAUAAAUCUUGCACCGUGCCUGCCACCUGACCACAUUUAUCCACUUUAGAAGUCCCUUUGCUGGUCCCAGUUCCUUGUUCUUGCCGUCAUAACCUCACUGCUUUUUAAAUCUCAGCCCUUAACUGAUUUUGUUCAUAGUCACAUUAUUUUCUUGGCUCAUCCCAGAAGAUUGCUUUCUAUGAAGCUUUUCCCAUUGUGUCUAAUUCCCAACCUCACCUUCAUCUCUUCUCUCUUGUUGACUAUCACCCUUCCUGCUUCUCCCCCUGUAUUUUACCUGUAACUCUGAAAUAGAUCUCAAAACCCAUUCCUGGCAAGUUUGGAAAAUGUAAAUUAAAUUAUUAUUUUAUUUUUUUAAUGGACUUCGUGUGUGUGU